CCAUUGGUCCCGUCCCCGCCAUCGAUCUCGUCGCCUUGUGCUAUUCUGGGCUUCGCCGAUGCCGAGGUGGACCUUCUCGUCGACGCGGCCUCACCCUCGACGACGCACUUUACCCCAUGCGGCCUCUCCUGAAUCGCCUCUCGCCUCCGCCCCCUUGUUGGUUGCAUCUCCGUCAGUGGGACUGUCGGGCGAACCUCGAAUCUGCUCUGCCUCUGCAGCAAGCAGCCUGUUGGUGGGAUUGGAGCCACGAAUCGUCCCGUCUCCCGGCUGCGUGCGGUGGAGAGUGAAGGGGGACCUGUGCGGUGAACGGGAUUAACCUCUAUGGUUGUCUCCGCUGUGAAAUGUAAUCGGAUGCCGGGACUGGGCUUAUUAGGAUCUGAGGUGGACGCUGGAACGAGAUCGUUGGAAUUGGGGUUUUAGUUCGGAGAAUGUGAGCUGGGGACUGAGUGGUGGAGCUCUUUGUGGGCCGCAUUGUGGGAGUGAUUGGAGGAGGGAUGCAUUAUCAGGGCCGGACUUUUGGUUUCGCGACUUGUGUGGUCUCGCGUGUGGUUUUUCUGAGAGGUUCGAUGUUUCGCAUUGCUGGGAUGCGGUGCUGUGGGCUGGAAGACAAGGAGUGGUGUACAUUGUGAAGCACGGCAUACCCUUGGUGCAGCUGCUGUAUGAUGGAUGGCAGAUUGAAUGAGGGUUUGAAUCUGUGUUUUAAUGGAGUGAAUGUAUAGCGGCAGAGGCUAAAAAUGCAGCAAGUUCCAAAUUCGGAACCUUCCGGCGGCAGGGUCGUUUCAAACCACGAAGCUCAUCGUUGGAGUAGGGUACCUAGGGUGUCGCUUCUGCGCAACAAGAAUGAUCAAAGGGUGCCAUUGUAUCUUGACCAGACAGUUCCAGUGUGGUCCACUCGUGAACAUACACGGGGAUCCUCCACAAAUGCCUCGCCCUCCUCUAAAACCCCUGCAGACGGUAUGUCCAACAGAGAGGAGGAACAGGGUCGUGGCCAUGGCGUACAGAAAUCUGCAAGAAGAUGGUUGGCUUCUAGUCAAACGGCGUGGUUUCGUAGAGUUCUGAGGGCAUCAAGCACUGAAGAUCAUGCUUUCAAUGUGAGCGAGAUUUUACAGGGUUGUUCUAUCAGUUCGUCAAACUGGUCCGGAAUUGAGCAGGAUCUGUUUACCUGCACCAGUGUCGACCCCAAGGUUUUUGUGGUACCAACAGCUGAAGAUUUUGUUACGAACAAAAAGAGCAAAAGUAGCAACAACCCUCUUUCUUGAAGAGUCCUCCCAAUCCGUCUCUACAUCUGUAAUGUAGCCACGUCCUAACCUGCUGGAUCGAUACGAUUAGCUUAAAGAGAAGAUUGUCACGAGGACGUUUGGCAGCACCCUGCAGGGUCCCAGACGGGCCUUGAGGAUGACAAGCAGUUUUUGAUUGAGGUGAAAUAGACGGAAGCGAAACCAAUUCAUAGAUUAUAGUCGAAAUUCUUACCAGCUCUUAAUUUCUUUGAAUUGAUAUCUUCAUUUAUAUUGUUUGAAAGCCACCAGCUACUCAGGACGUUACUUGUAGAUUCUCACGUCCUACCCAUGUCUGGUCGAGUUACAGUUCGAAGGUCUGUAUUGGGUGCUUAGAUGAGAAAGUGUUCCCCUCGUUUUUAUGUUUUACUAAAAUGUAAUUCAGGCUGCUGAUUACAGCUCUACGAUCAGCUAGGUACAUGAUCAUUUGUAAUUAAGCUGGUAUGGCUUCAGAAUGUCCCGCACUUGGCGAUGAACAUGGGUUAUAGUGAUUCCAUUUGGUGUAAUACCAGCACGUAUCAAGUGACUUUACGUGAGGUAUCGUUUUCGAAUCCUAUCUGUAAAGAGGAGAUAAAGUUUUUAUGUAGCUGUAUGUUUUUAGA